AUGUUAAUGCUACUAACUACGAUUAUUGGAGCGUAUAGUAUAAUCUGCUGGAUCUACGAAAACCUUCGUACUCCUUUUCUGUUGCUGUUGAAAUGGAUUCAACAGCAAUUUGAAAAGGAUAGACAAGAUUUAUUUUCACAGAAAUACGGUUCUUGGGCAGUUAUUACCGGUAGUUCCGAUGGAAUCGGCAAAGGAUAUGCAAGCUAUUUAGCCAGUCAAGGUAUGAAAGUACUGCUUGUUGCUCGCAAUGAGAGCAAACUAAAACGAGUGGCCGAAGAAAUCACGGCCAAACAUGGCUUAGAAACCCGCAUUUUCGUAGCUGACUUUUCAAAGGGAGAAGAAAUUUACGACAAACUUGCAAUAGCGUUGAACAAGCUGGAUAUAGGCAUCCUGGUUAAUAAUGUGGGAAUCAUCAACGAAAAACCUAUCCAGACAGAUAAAAUGGAAAGGCGUUUAAUGUGGGAUCUAAUCAACAUCAAUGUAGGAGCUGCAACGCUUCUGUGCAAUAUUGUAAUUCCUUCAAUGAAGCAACGCAAACGUGGAUUAAUCAUAAAUGUUUCUUCACUCUCAUCGCUCGCUCCAACUCCUUAUCUAAAUGUGUAUGCUGCAACAAAAGCUUACAUAACGAGUUUUUCGCUUGCAUUACAUGAAGAGCUUGCACCUUACGGGAUCGAGUGCCAAACCGUAUCACCAGGUUUUGUACACACGAGUAUGACGGAUUAUCUAGCACCAGCAAAUGGACAACAAAAAUCUGCACCGUUACACCUUGUAAAGGUCAAUGAUAUGAUACGGUACGCAGGAUUCACCAUCGCUAAAGUCGAUCAAACCACUGGCCACUGGUCGCACGGCGUGCAAACCGCUUUACUUAAAGCGCUGCCGUUAUCAUUGAGACUUCGAGUAUACGCCAAACUGUAUACAUACCUUUUGAAGAAACAUUCCACCAUUGAGCACUAAUUAACCUGAAUAUUAGGCUUUUCAAAUUCAGC